UAUGGAAUUACCCGACCCAUUACACAGAGAGGCGAGUAUCAGAAAAAAGAGAAUGCGAGUACAGCAUCCAAUUCUGUUGCCCUAACCCUGAAGCCGCAAAAUCAGAAACUUGUCUACUCGCCGUAGAUUAUGACACUGAUCUUCACUACUUACUCCAUAUUCAGGGUGUGUUUAGAAAAUAAAUAUUUCCAAUGGGUAUAGAUCUAGAACAGCCUUCAGGAGACUAUGAUGUAAAUGCUAAUGGAGCGCAAGAUAGAAAUAGAGUUGUUGUUGUUAACAACAUUGAUGGGAUCAAUGAUGAUAAGGACACUGGACCAACUGUUAAUGGAACAGUUUUUGACACUGCCCACAAAGUGUGUGAUGCUGGAGAUGGAUCAACUUUGAAUGCUGUGAAGCAUUUAGAGCCUCAUGAUGGAAUGGAAUUUGAUUCUAAGGAGGAUGCAUUUUCCUUCUAUAGAGACUAUGCUAAAUCUGUAGGAUUUGCCACUAUAAUAAAGGCCAGCCGUAGAUCAAGGAUAUCUGGAAAGUUUAUUGAUGCAAAAUUUGUAUGCACUAGAUAUGGAAAUAAGCCAGAAGAAGCUAGUAGUAUGACUGAAAUUCCACAUCCUGCUGUAGAUACAAGUGCUGCAAGCUUCCCUGUGAAAAGAAAACGGGGUAGAGUAAAUCGAUCUUGGUCGAAAACAGAUUGCAAAGCUUGCUUGCAUGUAAAGAGAAGGCAGCAAGAUGGGAGAUGGGUUGUUCGUAGUUUCAUAAAGGAGCACAACCAUGAAAUUUUCCCAGACCAGGCAUAUCACUUGCGUGGCCAUAGGAAAUUAGAUUUAGGUAACAAUAAUGCUGAUGCAUUGCAUGCUAUCAGGGAAAGAACCAAAAAAUUAUAUGUUUCAAUGUCUAGACAAUCAAGUGGACAUAAGAAACAUGAGAGUCACAAGAGUAGUGUGAUAAACCAAUCAGGGAGCACUCAGCAUUUGGCUUUAGAGGAGGGAGAUGCUGAAGUGAUGCUUGAUUAUUUUACAUGUAUGCAGGAUGAAAAUCCCAAUUUCUUUUAUGCAAUAGAUCUGAAUGAAGAACAGCGCUUGAGAAAUGUUUUCUGGAUUGAUUCCAAAGCUAGACUUGAUUACAGCUAUUUUGGUGAUGUCAUUUUUUUCGACACAACAUUUAUUAAGAAUGAAUACAAACUUCCCUUUGCUCCCUUUCUUGGUGUCAACCAUCACUUCCGCUGUCUGUUGCUUGGAAGUGGAUUACUUUCUAAUGAGAGUAGAUCAACAUAUGUUUGGUUGAUGCGGGCAUGGCUUAGAGCAAUGGGUGGACAUGCUCCAAAAGUGAUAUUUACUGAUCAAGACAAAUUCCUGGAAGAAGCCAUAGCAGAGGUGUUUCCUAAUUCACAUCAUUGUUUUUGCUUGUGGCAUAUUUUGAGCAAGAUUCCUGAGAAGCUCAGUUAUGUGAUUAGGCAGCAUGAAAAUUUUAUGACCAAAUUUAACAAAUGCAUCUUUAAAUCUCGGACAGAUGAACAGUUUGAGAAGCGAUGGUGGAAACUGGCUCAGAGAUUCAGUUUAAGAGAUGAUAUAUGGUUUCAGUCAUUAUAUGAAGAUCGUCAAAGAUGGAUACCAGUUUACACGAGAGACAAAUUUUUGGCAGGGAUAUCUACAACUCAUCGGUCAGAAAGUAUAUGCUCUUUCUUUGACAAGCACAUGCAAAGAAAGACUACAUUAAAAGAACUUCUAGAACAACAAAAAUUAAUUCUUCGAGAUAAAAUUGAAGAGGAAGCUAAAGCAGACUUUGAAACUUGGCAUAAACAACCAGGAUUGAAGUCUCCAUCACCCUUUGGGAAACAAAUGGCAGCUUUGUAUACGCAUGCCAUAUUUAAGAAAUUUCAGGUUGAGGUUUUGGGUGUAGUUGCUUGUCAUCCUAAAAAGGAAAGUGAAGAUGGAGAAACCAAAACUUUCAAGGUUCAAGAUUUUGAAGAGAAUCAAGAUUAUGUUGUGUUGUGGAAUGAAACAGCACCUUAUUUUUCUUGUUCAUGCCAUUUAUUUGAGUUCAGUGGUUUCCUAUGCAGACAUGUUUUGAUUGUUAUGCAAAUGUCUGGUAUGCACAGCAUUCCAUCUCAAUACGUUUUGAAACGUUGGACAAAGGAUGCAAAGAGUAGAGAAACCAUGAGGGAAGAAUCAGACAAGAUUGACUCCAGAGUUCAACGCUACAAUGAUCUAUGUAGACGGGCUUUUAAAUUGGGUGAUGAAGGUUCUUUAUCACAGGAGAGUUACAACAUUGCAUUCACUGCACUGGAAGAAGCUUUAAGAAAGUGCGAGUGUGUGAAUAGUUCAAGUCUGAGUGUAACAGAGUCAACCUCACCAUCUUCUAACAGACCUCACAAGUAUGAAGAAGCCAAUCAAGCUAAUGGUGCAUCGAAGAUAAAUAGAAAGGAUGGUAUUUCCAGAAAAAGACAGGUAAAUCCAGAGCCAGAGGUCACAACCAUUAUGAUGCAUGAAAGCUGUCAUCAACUGGGACACUCGAGCUUAAGAGGAUCAGCUCGUGACUGUUCCUAUGAAAUGCAAGAGAGCAUGCAAGGGAUGGAACAGCUAAGCUCAAGGGCUCAAAAUCUAGAUGGAUAUUUUGGCCCUCAACAAAUUGUGCCGGGAAUGGGACAGUUAUCUUCUAGCCGUGACGAUUACUAUAGCAAUCAGCAUAGCAUGCAAAGACUGGGACAAUUGAAUGCCAUGGCACCUCUCCAUGAAGCUCAAUAUCUGACUCAACAAAGGAUGCCAUUGCCAGGGAUGGAGCAGUUACACAGCAGAUCACAGACUAUUUCAAGUUGUUUCGACAUGCAGGAUGGACUACAAGAAAUGGAUCAAUCAAAUCCAGGACCCUCUCAGUUGCAUAACAUGGGAUCAAAAUGUUUACAUCCCAAAUACCACUCACGUUAGCUGCAUUCUUCAAUAUAGGUGGAAAUGCGAUUUGUAUUUAUGCAGAAGAUCAACGAAAAGGUUGCCCUUGAUAGAGCAUAAGAGAAGAUCAAAAUAUGGAAAAACUAACCAACUAAUAAAAGCUUCAUAUUGUCAAAUAGCCAAUUGCAUGGAAUUUUGCUAGCGUUAGACAUAAAUGAAUUCCAUGAGUUUGGUAUAAAUGAAAAUUAAUUUAGAAUUUCUACCUUAUUAAAUUUA